AUGGCAUCUCUGUGGUACUGCUGCGGCUGCAACUUCGGCCCUCACAACUCCUCUCUAUACGACUCCUGCAUCCAGUGCGGACAAGUCCGUUGUGCUCGCUGCCUCGACGAGAAGGUCUCCGACAACAUGAACGUCCACUCUCACAACUGUGACCCAACCUCUGCAUACCCAGCUGCCGUCAACAUGGACUCACCUCGCACCCCAACCUUGAAGACCACAGCCAUGUCAAUAGUCGUACCAGAGCUUCCCGGUCUACGGCCUCUACGGGCCGACUGCACAGACAUCUCAUCGGUCUCACUACCUGGAACACGGUACAACAGCGAGACCUACAUGUACAUCUGCUGCGCAUGCAACGACGGGCCUAAGAUCUACAACCAUCAACCCCAAUGCGUAUCCUGCAACCACAUGGCCUGCGGCAAUUGCACCUAUGUCAAGUGA